CGUUGCACGAUCAUCAUCACACAUGCUUGCACCGAAAACUUCGACAACACGCUACGACGUUUAGCCAGAGGUGUAAAAAGAGUGUAAUUUAUCAAUCUUGCCUUUCAACAGCCACCAUGUCCCGCCAGGCAAUUUCAAGCGUGUCUCGCGGCUGCCUACGAGCGCUUCGAUCUCCUCGCCCGUCACACAUCAAUCGAUGCUUGAUAGCAACACCGUCCAUAGCCAAUGUCGCCCCUUUUAUGGCCAAUGGCGUGAGAAACUUCACCAAUGUAUCUUCUCGCCUGGGAGCGGCAGCACAAACACCGGAGCAGCCGCCUACGUCGUCAACAGAGAAGGGGUUGACGGGCUUCACCCCAGCAGAGUUGUCGGAAAGCCAAUAUCACGAUAUUGCCGACGAGUACCUCGAAAAUGUUCUGACAAUAUUCGAGGCGCUCCAAGAUUCUAGGGAGGAUAUUGAUAUAGAAUUUUCUUCUGGCGUCAUGACUAUCACGCAUAACGAUAUUGGCACAUACGUCAUAAACAAGCAACCUCCAAAUAAGCAAAUAUGGCUCUCAUCGCCAAUCUCAGGCCCGAAGCGAUAUGACUGGUGUGUUGAAGACGACAGUCAACAGGCGAACGGGCACUGGAUGUACAGUCGAGACAACAGCAGUUUGGAUUCUCUCAUCCUUGAGGAGCUUGGUGUGGAUAUUUCAAUGCCGGCCGAGAACUAAUGGGAAGAAAAUUGUAUAAUAAUGAAGACGAUCCACUCGGUUGGGGAGUCCUGCUGUAACUAUAUUUACAUGUAUAUCAAAUCUACACAUUCCAAAACGACAAGAAUAUGCAGUCCAUUUUGCACAAACCAAACACCCAAACGCCUAUAAUCUUAUUUAUAUAAAUACAAUACAGUGUCUCUUCGUACCCCGUUUGGCAUCAGCAGCAAUCCUUUAUAUUGUGCUUUAAUCCUCACGGGGGUCAUCGAAGAAGCAGGCCCAUGCUUUUAUUCAACAUUGCCACUGUCAUUUCAUAAUGCUGCAUAGCGCCUGGCUUUUCUUGUUUCAGGGGGUCUCUAUUUCUUAAUUAGUAUCUUUGAAAAUAUAUUGUUGAAGAAAAAGUAUUGACAAUGUAGGAAGACCGCUUACUUUGCACGCGUUUCGUGAAGUGCCCUUUUCCAGGAAGGGGUAUCUUUGCCUGAUAAGAAUCGUACCUUGAUCAGGUUUUUAAGUAUCCUAUGCUCAAUGCCCUUUUCUUUGGCUGCUGCAUCAAGAAACCAUUUGGUCCGUUUUAUGCCCUCGGAAUCCCAAAUGGGUGUGCCCGUCGCGCUGGAUAGCACAGGGUUGCGGAAGGCCAGUCGAAGCUGAUCUCGAACAACACGGCGGGCCGGUGAAGAAUAUUGUACUGCUUUCAGGAGGCCGCGGUACAAAUGUCGAUAUGUCGAUAUUAUUUCCAGCUUAUUCGGCAUUGCGUCGAAUGUUGUCUAACGGCAUGCGAAACGACCAAGCGCAGCUCAACG